AUGGGCAGCUGCGAGUCACCCGCAUUUUGGAAUGUCAAUAUCCCGCCUGAGCAGCAUACAUUCUCGUGUCCAGAGUACCUCCGACACCUGACGCCCAAGGACGUUGGCAUCAUUGCAACGCCAGAUUCCGAGUACACUGCGCAAUCUUGGGACGAAGUCCGGCAAAUUGUGGCCACGAACAGUCUGGAAAGCUUCAAACGGGUACCAUCAGAUCUUCGACGAUACAGGUCAUUCGUAUAUCGCCUCGUGCAAGACUACGGGAGCGUGCACGCUUUCCUGUUGAAAGAGAGAUUACGAUGGGAGGAACCAGUCAAGCCACGCGGGGCACCUUUCGAGCUCGAAGACGACUACAAGAUCCUCUUCAAUGACUGGCCUUAUGGCGUUGACAAGAGGAUAGUUCACUUGGUAGUCUGGACAAAGUUUUCCCUGGCAGAGGAUCCGAAGACUGGCGAUCUGACGGAUCAGGCCCGAAGAGACACAGAGGCUUUCAUGGAGAAAGUUUUCUAUGAGAAUGUGCCCCGAGAAAGGGUCAUUUGGUUCAAGAACUGGGCGGCGCUCAAGUCUGUCAAUGCCGUUGAGCAUUUUCAUGUCAUGAUGUACGAUCCAGAUCCGUGCUUUGUGCAGAGGGUGACGCAAGGCGAUGUUCCGCAGUGUCUCAGAGAGGCUCACUGA